AUGACACCUUUUAUGGAGGUCUUUGACAAUCCUGCUUUUAUGGAGAGUGAGGCUAACCCUAUGGAGAAGUUUUUUCAGGAAGUAACUCGGCUGUGCCUGGCACUGACAGAGUUAGAAGGGCUAUCUGAGUUAAUAGACAAGAAACAGCAAGGUGUGCUUUGCUGUACUACAGAAGAGAGUGUUUUCAGAGAGAAGAAUGAUUUGAGCGUCAUAAAAUUCUCUUUUGCCAGUCGAGCCCAGCUCAUCCAGCUCCAAAUAAGCACCAUCCAGCGUGAACUUGCCACAGACUGUAAGUACUGGCCAGCAGAGAACCGCAUCCGCCAGAGCCAGCUCUCUGUGCUUCUCAGCCGCUAUUGUGACAUUGUUAGUGACCACUAUGACCACGAAACUCAGUAUGUAACCAGGCUGAAGGAGAACAUGACGCAGGCUGAGCUAGCAGGCCUGAAGCUCCAGGAAGAGGACUUGGAGAAACUAGUGACUAGACCUGUGAGCCCUCAGAUUGUGGGUCAUGAUCUAGAUGCUUUGAAGGCCAAACAGUGCCUGGCUCUGGCCUACCCUUGUCACCAGCAGCUACUAGACCUGGAGUGUAAGAUCAGUGAGUUGCAUACCAUCUUCCUCCAACUGGAGAUGCUCAUCUCAGAGCAGCAGAAGUUGGUGGACAGCAUUGAGUACAACAUUUUGCGGACCCAGGACUACACCGAACAAUCAAAUGAGACAAUAAUGAAGAAAGCCCUCAAAUAUAAGCACCAGUCAUGCUUCCUGACAGUGGUAUCAACUUUGGCAGGAUUUGGUGCCUGUUGCACAUGCUUGUCUUGUGUGAUCAGGGCUUUGCAUUGA